UCCCCUUUCAUACUGUGGGAGACUGAAGCUCUUUUCAAAACCAAUGAUGUCGUUUUGUGCACAGUAAACUCCAUCAGCGCAGCAUUUGCCAUAUUAAUAAAUCUGCUCAUUGCGAUUGUAAUGAAGAAAAAAGACUUGAUUAAGACGCCAUGUGACAUUCUGGUCUUCAGCCUUACUCUGGUUGACUUGAUUGCUGCCUUGGUACCCAGGCCUUUAUACAUUGACCUUCGAUUAGCUAUUUACCGUGAACACGUGACCUGCUGCUCGCUAAAUCGUAAGGCAAGAGUGACUGAGUCAGCGAUUGUAUUUUGUGUUGGUUGUUCUUUUCUUCUCUUGGUGUGCAUUGCUCGGGAUCGCUACAAUGCUCUUUGUCACCCUUUAAGUUACAGAACGCCAGGAAAAAUGAAGGGUGAGCAUCAUAAUCAGUAGACACGUUGAAUUCUGCAAAGAGCUGAUCGUACUACAUGAAAAUUAACUUUGCAAGACAUUAACGCGACACCGAAAGAACCCAAAACAGAGCGGGGUUGUAGCUGUCGACAGCUGUUUCGCCAUUUUUGUAGCUCGUCAGGACGGCGUAACAAACAGAGAAGCUCUGCUGAAAAAUAACCCGCUCACUCUGAUUUUAGCCCUGACAUUGAACUCCAACACUCCCAGAAUCACGCCAUAUGACGUUUCUCCGGGAGGGACGUUUCUCGCAGCGAAAAUAUAUAUGGGAUGGCCGUGGGUCAAUUUCAUAGAUCCGAUAUGCUGCACAUUCAUGGUUUGGUUGGUUUGGCCAUCCUAUAUUUUCUUUGCGAGACAUCAACGUGACACUUGGACUCUUGCCCUACGAGAUACGUAUUACGAUCAGCUUUGCAGAAUUCAAUAUGUUUACUUUGUAUAUUCUUGUUGAUCAGGUCGAGAUCGUACGUUCCUCGGCAUAUUCGUUUGAGGUCCCAUGCAGUUCAUGUCCAUUUAUGGUAAUCAGUGCCUUUUAAGCGGCUUACCUUCGACAGGGUUCUAGCCACCAUUGAACCAAGUGACCUCACUUUAUCAUUAUCAUCAUCGUCAUCAUCAUUGUUGUCGUCGCCGAAAACAUCAUUAUUAUCAUUAUCAAUCAUCAUUAUUUUUAUGAGAUUUUCCACUUGCGCAGGAGUUAGUUGACUAUAUAUUCAGUAGACUCGUAGUAAACAGACAUUGAUGACGAAUUCGUGUGGUUCAGUUUUGACGAGGUUGAUAAAAGCGAACGAAAGCAGAAAAUUAAGAAAAUACACACACAAAAAGGUAUUGGCAGGGAACGUCGUAGGCGAAUACUUACCCAAAAGUGAAUAAGACAGUCCCUAUUAAUAUUUUAAAUUCAACUUAGCUUACCACGUAGUAACAACCCAUCAUGCACCCCAGACGGAGCAAAAAGUUCUCUGUUCUGGGCACUGGACAAACACCUGUUUAUCAGGAUUUGAGUGCACGCAAGAGCCAUAAUGUCCCAUUAUGGCUCUUGGUGCACGCCUUGAUUGGCCUGUUAAAAAAAGACAUCCUAAAUUUGCCAAUCACGUUGCUGUAAAAUUCAAAACGCAUUUCCGGUAAUUUGAUGAAUCUUUUAGGGACCCAGAACAAGGAUAUAUCGGCGCUGCAGUGCAGACGUUACUUACCCGGGUUAGAUCGCGUAUGUGACGCAGGCUACGUAACAAACAAGUAGUUGACAAUACACCUUUUUACCUUGUACGUUUUGUUUUCCCAAUUAAGACCACGUGAUGUUCUCCAGGGAAUUUGCCUUUUGUCUUUUCAUUAAAAAUGCAUACAUGGGCGCAUGGAUGCACGCGCAUGGGACAAAAUUCGAAAAAAAAAAACAGUUCUUCCAAGGUACCAUCACGUGGUCUGUAUUUAAAAAAAAAAAAAACUUUCAUGCUAAAAACGUCUAUUGCAGAGAGCGCGUCCAUCUAUGUUUAGAUCAUGUUGACAAUCCUGCUUUUAAAUGACAUUCAUAGUUUUACCUUUAUACGGUGGGGAGAGAGAGUUCUUCAAACAAACAAAUAUGCAAUUACGUACAAAGUAAAUGUUAAAUUUACUACAAUGCCAGAGCACUAGUUUUAAGUGGAAUAUCUAAUGCACAGGAAUAAUAUUUUCUAAAUAACAACAUUAAAUAAGUCGAUAAUAUAUGACUAAUAAAACUCAAGCAAAGAAAAUUAUAGAGUUAUAUCAAUUUUGUCAUUUUUGUUUUCCUAGUGACCACCUGGUUAGCCUGUGGUUGUUGGGUUACCUGGGGCAUAAUAGUUGUGCUUAUUGAGUCAGGCGCAUUCGCAGAACGGACUCAGUUGGCAAUCAGAGGUUCCAUUGCAGUGCUGUUGCUAGGCUCCCUAGCAAUAUAUCAAGUCAAAACCAUCUUGAUCGUCUUCCGUUACAAUCAUUCUGUGAUAAACGACAUCAAUUCACUGGAGGUUCAACGAUUAAUGAUGAGAGAGAAGAAAGUUCUGACGGACACGAGAAUCACCCUGGCAAUUUUUUCACUACUUUUCAUACCAACAGCUAUUCUAAGCGUUACACAGCCGUCUGGUUUGUACGCUAAUGUCGUAUUUCCCUGGUCAAUGGCAAUCACACUUCUUAACUCCUCUAUAAACCCUUUAAUUCAGCUAUGGAGAAAUCGCAGGUUAUUAAGAGUUAUAACUGAAUCUUUAUUAGGAAGGCAAACGAGACCUUGA